AUGAUCAAUAACGAACCGUAUACUCUCGCUCUUUUCGAUACUGCCGGUCAAAGUGGCUUUGAACUGAUGCGUGCAUUUUCAUAUACGAAUACAGAUGUCUUUCUUGUUUGCUUCAGUGUCAUGUCUCCAGUCUCGUUUAACAAUGCUUUGAAAAUUUGGAUUAAUGAAAUUCAUCACUCGUCAUCUCCGGCACCGUUUCUUCUCGUUGGUACAAAGAUUGAUCUGCGAACUAAUGUCGCCGAGAUUGAACUCUUGGCGAAGUCUAAACAAAAACCGAUCACACAUGAACAAGGUGAACGCGCUGCAAAACAGCACGGCGCAUAUGCAUACAUCGAAUGUUCGGCGUUGACACAAGAAAAUCUGAAGGAAACAUUCGAUACAGCAAUUCUAGCUUCAAUCAAACCAUUGAAAUCCAAACGGUCUCGAAUUUUCUCCUGUUGUUCAUGA